CUCCAACUCCUGCACCACAUCUAAUAACCACUCCUCCCAAGAGAACGAGACAAAAUGCCAAAGCGCAAAUUCUCUGAUCUAAACGACCGACCCUCCGGGCCCGUCGACAUCAAACUCGCGCGCCUAACCGCCAAAUUCGACAACGGCGUGACCGCCUUAUCGCGAGCCCUCAAGACCGCCCGGGCAUUUGAGCGCCAGAAACUCGGCCGGCGAGAGAAGACCGCAAAGAGCGAGAAUAAGCCCGAGGCGCUGACGAGAAUCGAGGAGGAGAUUAGAGUGAUCAAGACUCUUAAUUUCCAGGCCACGGCGGAGAAAUACCUCUUCAAGCAGCUCGUCAAGACAAAGCGGAUUGCCGAAUCGCCUGUGUUUGUCAAGUUCAAGGAGCGGAAGAAUAUCUCUACGGAGGGGCCGCGGAGCACGGCUGAGGCGAAUGUCACGGCUAGGCUUUACAAGUCGAAUCCGGUGAAGAAUGUCUUUCCGGGUAUUAUGGAUGGGAUCAGGCAGUUACUGGGAUUGGAGGCUGCACCUGCAGGGAAAAAGAGUGGGUCAGAACAGAAGAAGGGGUCCGCCGACCAACGCAAGAGUGAAAGCAAAGAGCCAGAGACAUCCUUAGAUGGGAGAUCAGAGCCGGAGGAAGGAUCCGACGCAGACAGCCGAAAGUCUGCGCCCAAGGCCGCCGCGAGGUCCGCGAAGCUAGCUUCUGAUGAAGCAGACGGAGAAGAAGGAAGCGACGUCGACAUGGACGACGCCGACAGCGUAGACUACUCACACUUUGACGCACGGCUGGCCUCAGGCUCCGGUUCCGACAGCGACGGCGAAAGAUACUUCUCCGGCUCCGAGUCCGAGCCCGAAGACCUCGAAGGCGCAGCGGGCCCACCACGCCGAAAGAACAGAAUGGGGCAGCAGGCCCGCCGUGCCCUCUGGGAGAAGAAGUAUGGGAGCGGAGCGAACCAUAUCAAGAAACAAAAGGAGAAUGAGUGGAAGAAUAGGGAUAGUGGCUGGGAUACGCGCCGGGGCGCUACGGGUGGCACUGAAGGGCCGAGAGGGAAGCGUGGGCUGGGUCAGGGUCGACCCUGGCAGAGGGAUAGCAACUCCACCGGUGGUGACCGGCCGCAGCGUGGUCCUCCCGGCGGCUCCAACAAGAAGAAUGUCAAGGAUGAUAAGCCGUUGCAUCCUUCUUGGGAGGCGGCCAGGAAGGCCAAGGAGCAGAAGUCGAUGGCGGCGUUCCAGGGAAAGAAGGUUACGUUCGAUUAGCUUGCAUAUGCAUAUUGUCUCUUACGGAUGAGAAUAUACCCUGCGAAGGAAUUUCUGGGAUUGUUUUGAGGUACAUAUAGCAUUUGUUGAUAUGUUCAAAAUAGGUAUCAUGCGUAAA